AUGACACCUUAUAAUAUAGUAUUUGGACAAUUACCUCAUUGUGAAACCAAUAUAGUAGAUAUUUUAAUAAAUGAUCAUUAUGAUCAAGAAGAAUUAGCCAAUACUUCAGCAUUUAAUACUUCAGCAUCCAAUAUUUUAGUAUCUAAUACUUCAGCAUCUAAUACUUCAGCAUCUAAUACUUCAGCAUUUAAUACUUCAGCAAUUUUAGAAACCAAUAAUAAUAAUGAGUUAUAUAAUGAUUUAUCUAAUAUUUUAGAUAUUUAUUAUAGUCAAGAUAAUAAUGAUUUGAUAGAAUUGAAUAAUGAUAUAGUGAAUUUACAAGAGAUUAUCAUAAUUAGUGAUUCAGAAACAUGUGAGCUUGAACUAUUAGGUACACCUGAUUAUUCUGAUCUUGAUGUUGUUUUACUAAAUAAAACACUUUCAUUGAGGCAAGCAAGUCUUAAACAAAAUUAUACACUUGCUGCUCAACCUUCAAGCUCAAAACAAGUUAAUCAAGAAAUUAAUGAAAGUUUGAAUUUAUCAGA